AUGGAGGUGGAGGCAGUAAUUGCAGCUUUCUUGGGGCUAGAGAACAAGACGCAUAUACAUGUCAUAAUUCUAACAGACUCUGAAAGCAUGCUGAGAAAGGUGAAGAUAGGGAUGCUUCGAGAAGCGUGGCAAGCUUCACUGGGAAGGUCAUGGGUAGUGAGCAUACUUUGGAUCGUUUCUCCAGGCCAUGCUGGUGUGGUGGGGAAUGAACAGGCAUGCAGAUUGGCUGGAUCUGCACCAUUAGGUGGUGAAGUGAUACAUGACAAGGCAGAAGGGGUCAAGCCCUUUGGGAACAAGCAACAGAAUCAGUAG